AUGACCUCUAUCAUGACCCCUAAAGAAAUGGAAAUAGACCCCGGCAGUGUGGAACGAGCCGAGAAGCGGAAGCGGCGUCUGCUAGAGAUUGAAGCAGAACAGGAGAGGGAGGAGGCAGAGGCGUUGAAAAUGACCGAGGAGCAACGAAGGACACUCCUUCAGUCUUUCAAGGCGGUCAAAGUCGAGUUCGAUGACCUCGAUGGCCAGCGAUGGCCGCAGGGACUAUUACGACAUCCACAGGCCUCUCAUGGAAUAGUGCCCAAAUCUUCAUCCAGCGUCAAUCCCAUGAAACGUGGCACGUUCACUGUCCUUACAAACUCUUUCAACCCUGAGGAUACCAUCCGGGUCUCAGCCACCAAGCCCAAAUCCCGCCGCUCGCUAGCCCAAAUCCCGACUGUCACUCGCGCUUCAGAUAUGAACGUUGAUACCGUGAAAUCCCUGCCCAUCUUCGACAAUCCCGUAUGUCGGCAUCGGGACGGGACCCAUGCUCGCUCGUCUCCGUCGCUCAACGCGAAUUAUCUGAGUGGUUUGGAGGAGGAAGCAGGGAGAGGCGUCGGGGUGAUCCAAGGGUCAGAUGAUGGCGAGCGUGGAAGGAACACAGAAGACGUCAACUCCGUGUCUGCCCUCAGCACUUCUCCCUCGGCCGGUGGCCAAACACAUGAAGCGAGAUCGUCGAAGAAGGCCCCUUCGCUGCCAGAUGUGGCUCUCCUUACCGCGGAUCAUUCAUCUUCUAUGGCCUCGUUGAACCCGUUUAUCACGCCUUCGAACGAUCUUUCGCAAUCCACCAUCCGAGCAAAAUGUAGGAGACGUGUUUCUGUUCCGUCUCUUCUUCCCUCGCGUGAGGCUCCUUUACCUCCUACGUCUUCACGUAACGAACUCCCAUCGACCGGCCUAGCCCCAUCAUCGACGUCAGGCACUUCCAACAACGGCUCCUCCCAGAAAUCGACGCUCUCGCGCCUUCAGACGUUCCUCUCCCAGAAUCGCUCUGAUAAAUCAACCUCCUACACGGCCGAAUGGGUCGCUCGUCUCCACAGAAACAUUUAA